AUGUCACUCUUCGUCGUUCCCAUCCUGCCCAGAGCCAGAUUUCUGCAGAAUUUCUUCGUCACUUGUUUUUUAACUUGCUUGGCUGCAGCAAUAUCUCUCCUCUACAUGUGGACGGCGAUCAAGGCUCGCAAAAACACAACACAUAUCUCAGCCGAGCAGCGGAGCAAUGGACCAGUACCGGGAGCCCAAAUUGUGCCCUACAACGCUGCGGCGAGCGCAUGCCUUGCUGUGUGGUUCUUCUUCUGGCUCUGGGCUUACAACACCUUUCGCGCUUUCCGACCGCAAUAUUUCCUACCUUUGAUCGUAUUUGGUAUAUAUAUCAACAUUACGGCUGUAUAUGGAGCCAUUUUUCCGGAAAUGGAACAAGUGUACUCUUUGACUAGGCGACUCCUCGAUACGUUCUUUGUCGGUUUCGGGCUUGCAUUCGCCGUCCACUUUCUGGUGCUACCUAUCACAUCACGAGAUCUGGCAACAAUGAUCCUUACAGAAUAUCUUCACGUCCUUAAAAACGUCAUUGAUGCUAAAGGAGCUCUGCUCAUCUCUUUGCCGUCUCGCGACUGGAAUAAUGCGAGCAGAACGAGCAGCUCGGGAAGCGACAGUGAUGGUGAAUCAACCGAACGGUUGACCUCCUGGCCCGAAGCUGAUAAGUGGAGAGCACUCACGGCGGCGGCGAGCGAAUGCCAGGUCAAGAUGCAGUCAGAGAUGCGCUAUGUCAAACGUGAGGUUACAUUUGGGAAACUGUCUGGCAAGGAUUACUCGUGCAUCACAAAACUGCUGAGGAACAUAUUGAUACCGAUUGCCGGCCUUGAAACUGUGAUUCAGGUCAACGACCGCGUUGAAAAGCAGGGAGGAUGGACGUCGAUCAAGUCUUCCAAAGACGGUUCGAACUCGGAAAUUUCGACGAAUCGAGCAUUAAACGACGCCGAGAGGGAACGAUGGAGUUGGCUAUUUGGCCAGGUCGACGGGGCCUUCAAACUACUGUGGAAGGCAAUGAUCGAGGGUCUCGACUACGCAUUCUUCACUCUGCAAAUCACGAAGAAGCCAGCAUUCACGACCAAAGAGGAGCUUGAAGCGAAAGGAGCCGAGUCUCCGGACGGAAAAGGCUUUGCAAAGUACCUUGAAGACACAAUCAACAAGUUCUUGGCUGAGCGAGAAGAGCCUCUGAAAGAGUGGUGUCGCAUGAACGAACCUGACGAGACCAGUGGUCACUCGGGUAGUCGAUCUUCACACAUGCGGCAUUCGUCCCAAUUAUACCUUCUCCUUGAUCUCGAGUACUGCAUCGUACAAACCGCAAUGGGAAUCCUCGACCUGGUCCGGUUCGCGGAUUCGAAAGUUGAAGACGGCACAAUGAGAAAGAAACGGCUGAUAACUCCUACGGGAAAACAAUGGAAGAAGUGGGCGUGGGCAGUCAUCAGCCGCGAAGACAGCAAUCUGGACUACACCACCUACAGCUAUCGAAGCGGCACCCCUACCGUUUAUCUCGGCGAUGCCCUGGGGGUGAACCGAGAUCCUGAACACCUUCCCCCGGUGACCUGGUGGGAAAAGCUGACUGACUACUUCCGCCUGAUCCCUAGGCUCUUCGGCUCCAAGGAAUCAUGGUUCGGUUUCAAGGUGGCCGUGGGAACUAUGAUCAUCGCGGUCACGGCCUUUUUGCGAAACUCGCAGGAAUUCUACAUCAAGCAGCGCAUCAUCUGGGGCGCUAUUAUGGUUGCCAUCAGCAUGACCCAGACGGCGGGCUCAGGCAUGUAUGGGCAAUUCGUCCGGAUUUUCGGCACGUUCCUUGCCAUGGUCCUCUCGUACAUCGACUGGUACAUCGUCGACGGGCACACAGCCGGGGUCAUUGUCUUUCUGGGCCUGACCGUGUUCCUCUAUCACUAUCUCAUGGUGACGAAACCGAACGACCCUGUCAUUCCCAUGAUCGGAAUGAUCACCGUCAUCCUGAUCGUGGCGUACGAGCUUCAAGUCAAGCAAGUUGGCAAGGCCAUUUCCGAAUCAAACGGCCAAGUCUUUCAUCCCGUCUACGAGCUGGCACCCUACCGACUUGCCUGUGUGCUUGGUGGAGUGGGCGUCGCCUGCUUGCUCACAUAUUUCCCGAGCGUGACUACGGCGAGGAGCGAGAUGCGGAAAGACUUGGGGAACACACUGUAUUUGCUGGGGCAAUACUACAGCUCGUCGCACAAGUCGGUCUCGUUACGUCUGAAGGGCUUAGAAGGAGACGUCAAGGACAAGAGAAGUCCGCUGCGGAGGCUAGAGAAGGCCCGCACUCAGCUCUUUGCAAAGAAUCUGAUUCUCAUCCAGGCCAUGAAGAACCAUCUCAAGUUCAUCAAGUGGGAACCGACCUUUGGAGGCAGGUUUCCCCGGGAGCUGUACGAGAGGAUGCUCGCGCACACAGAGAACAUCCUUCGCUUCACAGCAAUGAUCGCCUGGACGACCAAAACCUUCAAAGAGGUUCCCGAAUCGGUCGGCCACCUGGGGGCCUCGAACCCCGCCGCCGACACGGACGAGAGAGGCACCUGGCUCAAGGAUUUCACGCAGCUGAUCUCGUCGCUCCAACUGACAUCCCACAGCGUCACGACACUGCUGGCCAUCAUCUCCGGGUCCAUCGGCUCCGGCAAGCCCCUCCCGCCCUACUUGCAGCCGCCCGAGCGGUUCCACAUCGGCGAGAUGCUCACCUCGCUCGACUCGAGCAUCCUCGACACCAAGCACGUCUGCGAGCCGGGCUACUCGGCCUUUGCCGUCAUGCAGGUCUGCACGACCAUGCUCAACGAGGACCUGGCCGAUCUGUUGGCCGAGACCAAGAAGCUCGUCGGCGAGGCUGAAUGUAAUCUAGACGUCGUCCAGGAGGACUAUGAGAGGGACAUUGGCAUGGUUCCGCGCGAGAUCCGGGAGAAGGCGGAUUAA